ACUGUUUUCACGAAGCUACGUGAAUAAAUGUUUAAAAACGAAUACGCUCCCUGAUGUGUGAAAUAAAAUCUGCCAAGCUUUGCAUUACCGGGAAACAUCGCUAGGAAACACGUACGGCACCGCACGGAUAUGUGUCAGAUUGGUGUUCGUACCAGGCGUUCAGCAACCGAGCUCACACGCACACCAACGCGAUGAAAGCAGGCAAGAAAGAGACAUUCUGUCAUUAGAGCCAAGCGAAAAAACACUCGCGUUGUUCGAGGCGAAGGCAAGUUUGGUGGAACAAUAUAUUCGCAUCCGGAACCGUUUGUUGGUGGUCAAAAGCAAUCGAAUGGUGAACAAUUGGUGACGCGACUACGAUCGGCGUAUAAUAUUGUGCAGAGGUAAUUGCUGUGCUGUCCCACAAUUGUUGCCAUAUAGUGCUGCCGAACUAACUAGAACGAGAGUCGUACGUGCGUACAUGUGCGGUGUGGUGUGCAGGUGUGAGCGAGAUCGCACCUGGUUGUCCCCGUAGGAAGGGAAGAAGGAAGAAGCAGUAUAGUAUGAUUGUGUGAGCGAAACGAUCAGAAAGGCCAUCCAGUCAGGAAAGCAGGCAGGCAGGCUGGCGGUAGUGGUGUGUUGGUGUGUGCCGUGCAAGAGGCAGAUAGAGAAGGCCCAAAAAAGCGAAAGCACCAAAACGCCGUGCAGCAAAUCACGAUUUCUCUCGAUACGCGCUUACGAAAAUCGGACUACCGCUGGUGCCGGCUUGCGUACCGGGAAGUACACUUUUAAUCGUUUCUGAUAAGCGAUUGCAAAUCGUACCAUUGGUCCCGUGCGUGGUGGAUGAUAGUGCAUGGCAUUUCUCGUGCACGAGACGUAUUUGGUUCCAUUCAUCGGCGGCUUACUUGGACUACGAGAGUGAGUGACUGUGUGUGUGUGCAAGCGAGCACGGAGCUUCAGCGUGUACGUGUAGUGGUGUAGCAUGACAGCAGCGUAUAGGAAGCGCGAAGAAGAACACACAACGUAAACGAGACUCUCGCGACAACGACGUUCCGUGCAAGAAGCAGAAGUGAUGAUUAUUCGAUAAAAGCAAUCGAAAUAGAAGAGAGCAAAAGAAAAGAAAAAAGAAAGAAACGGAAAAAAGUGUACAAGGGUGAUGAUUACGAGGAGCAGUGGAACGAGAAUUGCGUUCUCGGUUUGCGCUGUGUGACCGCCCGUUUGUUUGGUGUGUGAUCCUUUUUGGCGGCAGCCUUUGCAUCGCCUGUGUAAAUUCGGCUUUUCUCGCACGAACGCAACAGAGUGCGGCCGAGAGAGCGGCCAACUACUCGCAACACACGCACGCAUCAUCAUCAUCAUCAUCAUCGCCAUCAGCGGGAUAAGGGAACGCGUACCGUCAACAUUCUUCCCCGCGGCGCGUACACAUACCCCUCGUGCGGUACAUAAUUGUUUUGAUGGAAGGAAAUCGAGCGACAAAUCGCGCUCGGUGCGACACCCGCACUGGAAUUCAGACAAUUCCUUCCAUGUUGUGAUGUUUGUUUUAGUUCGAAAAGAAAAACACAGAAAAUACUCCUCAGGGAGAAAAAAGUGGAACGCUAUUUUUUUUUUGUUUCGUUUGAUUGUGUGUGAUAUUGGCUCCACGCCGAAGAAGUGACCGCGGACGGUCGUAUUGUCCCAUCGAUACACCACCAACUUCUGUGUGCAUGUGUGUGUGUGUGACGCGAAGAAACCAAUGUCGAAGAAGUGUGUAGGAUUUGUCAAACGCAUCAUUAUUUUUUCACAUCGGCCGCAACCUUUCCUGUCCAAAUCGUAAAACAAUCGACCCAUAGCCCGGAAAAUCGCGAUCUUCGGUGGCGCGCCAACAGUGGAAGGAUGCAGCUAUUAUCGGCCCAGCAUCAGCAUCGAACUGCACUGGCGGAAGAUCGAUCUAGAAUAUAUGCCAUGAUCGAUGGCUUGGACUGACUGGGAUAGCCAGUAGAGGCGGACCGGAACGCAGUAGUCCUUGGACCGGGAGAAGAUGACCGGACGCUGUUGGUCCAAGCAACAAAACGUUUCCAAUGGAUACUGCUUCAACACACGGUCAGAAGAUUGGUGCUAUUACUAUUACCCGGCUACUACGGACUGAGUGCCCGGAAGUGUGGUGAAAAGAGGAUGUGAAUCUUUUGUGAAGGCAGCAAAAUAUGAGCAAUAUUUUAGAUAAUAACGUAACGCGUGUUAAACCCGUCGUCGUAUUAUUAGCAUUAGCAGACAUAUUGUCGUCGUGUCGUGUGGAUUAAGCUGGUCGACUCUAUAUGCCGGUAUUGCCGGUUUAGUGCCGUUAGAACGUAUGUCCUCGUGGAAAGUGUGCAUUGAACGAUUGAAGUGUACCGGUGGUGUUAAAUAUCGAUCGAAAGACUGUGUGUGUGUGUGUGUGAGCGAUGGAGCGUGUGAUGAUAAAUGGUCGUCUCCUGUUACGGUGGUUUUGUGGUGCUUAAAUCUCCACAUACGUUUCCACUGACACGGUGUAAAGUGAGUGCAGCAGCAGGAAGAGACAUCGCGGGCAAUCGUAAUUGUAACGAAAACCCCCCAUUAAAAUCCUUUUCGUCGAAGCGCCGCCGACACUACGGACGGAGCACCAGCACACGUGGGACCUGUUUAGCUGUUUAGUAGUAGUCGUAGUAGUAUGACACACAAUCUGGGCAUGGCGUCGUAUCGGCUACCAGGACCCGGACUAUGUCCACCAGAUUUCAAAUCACCCUCGGAAUCGCCCCAGCUGCCGAUAUCCGCGCCGAGCAAUCCGAAGAAGCGAAGGAAAACGUCCAAUGUGGUGAACUCGAACGCGGUAACGUCUCAACCGACGCCGACGCCAUCACCCCAGGACCUGCUACCACCGCCACCGACCGGGUACGGUGACACGAUAGUGGCAUCGAACCCGUUCGAUGAUACGCCACCGCCAACGCCUGCCUCGCACAUGGGCCAUAUGGGUCAUCCGCACGGAGGUGGCCACGGUCCUGGCCCGGGCAUGAUGGGCCACCUGGGCGGUGGUGCAAUGGGGCACGGUGGACCGAUGGGUCCGAUGAACCAUAUGGGACCGAUGCACGGAGGAGGUCAUCAUAUGGGCCCGGGACCGAUGGGCGGUCAUCCGCACGGGCCUCCGCACGGUGGACCGAUGGGAGGACCGGGACCGCACGGUGGUGGUAUGCCACACGGCAUGGGACCCCACGGUAUGGGUCCACACGGACCGGGCCACGGAUCACCACAUCCGGGAAUGGGCCCAGGAGGACCACCGCACGGACCCCCGGGUAUGGGCGGUCCAGGACCGGGUGGACCACAAGGACCGCCGAUGAGGGGCAUGAGCCCGAUGGGUAUGGGCAGCCCGAUGGGUCACCAUCAUCCCGGCAUGCACAUGAACUCCGGCAUGGGUCAGAUGGGUGGUAUGCCGCACGGGAUGCAGCGCGGUGGCAUGAGUCCGAUGGGUCCGGGUAUGGGCCCGGGAGCGCAGAUGGGUGGCCUUAGUCCGAUGGGUGGCGCCAUGAACCAGAGCAUGUCGCCCAUGGGUCCGAUGGGAGGAAUGUCCCCUAUGAGCCAGCAGCAGCAACAACAGCAGCAGCAACAGCAGCAGCAGCAGAUGAACAGCAAAUCCGUGGGCAGUCCGCUGAGUGCCGGAAACAUUGGCAGCCCAAUGAAUUCGGUUCCCGGCAUGGGAUCCCCGCAUGCGGCCGGCGGCGGAGGAGGCGGCGGAGGAAUGUUAGGCAGUCCGAUGAAUACGAGCGGCGGUCACAUGAACAACGGACCGAUGGGUCCGCCAAUGAACAGUCCGCUCGGCAAUGGCCCACCGAACCAUGUGCCACUAGGCCCCAACUCAGCCGGCCACAGUCAAACGCCCCAACCGGUGUCCGCGGCGAACGUGACCGUCGGUGGUCAGACGUCGCCGAACGUGGUGAUGAGCGGCGGACCGGGCGGCAACAGUGGGGUCGGCAUGAACAGUAGUAAUAGUAGGAUGAACUUACCGAACGGUGCAAUGACAAAUCAGCAAUCAGGGAACUUAAAUCAAUUACCUCAUCAACUCGGACCCAUGGGUGCGAAUCAGCAGCAGCAGCAGCAGCAGCAGCAGCAGGGUGGUCCACAAGGUGGGCCGCAGCAGAACAGUAGUCAAGGCCCUAGUAAUCAGGGCCCCGGUGGCAACCAGCAGGGACCCUCGUCGCAGGUUGGUCCACCGGGCAGUCAGUCAUCGCAACAGUCACAACCGCUACAGCCUCAUCCACCGCCACACGGCCAGCAACUGCCAUUGCCCCAACAGUCACCUCACGCGCAACACAAUCCGGGCGGUGGCCCGGGCAGUGGAGGACCCGGCCCUGGCCAGCAACAGCAGCAGCAGCAGCAGCAGCAGCAGCAACAGAUGAACCAAAUGGUUGGCCCGGGCCCGAUGGGUAACAGCAUGGGCGGUGGCGGAGGAAUGGGAAUGGGCCCCGGCGGUCCCGGCGGUGGAGGAGGGCCGGCCAACUCGAUGGGUGGCAUGAACCAUCAUCCGCACCAUCACCACCAUCAUCAUCACGCCGCGGGCAAUCAUCAGCAGGCUGGCAAUCCGCACAUGGGCUCGGGAAUGGGCGCGAACAACAUGCACCACCACAUGGGUGGUGGAGGGGGCGGUGGCGGCGUCGGAGGUCUCAUGCCACCGCACGGAAACAUGCCACCGGGUGCUGGAGGAGGCGGCGGCGUUGGCGGCGGACACCGGCCACCAAUGCACGGAGGAAUGGGUGGCCCGGGCGGCAUGAUGGGUGGACCGCCGAUGGGAGGACCAAUGGGUGGCCAUAUGGGGGGAGGCGGAAUGGGUGGCGGUGGAAUGGUCGGUGGCAGUCCGAUGCAAUCGCCGCACAUGAUGGGCGGCGGUGGACCGAUGGGUGGCGGUGGACCGAUGGGCGGCGGUGGACCAAUGGGCGGCCCGAUGGGUGGCCUAGGGCCGCCGGGAAACGGUCCGAACGGGCCGAACCACCAUCACCACAUGGGCAUGUUCGGACCGAAACCGAUGCCCGUCACCUCCGGCAAGCUGUACCCGCCCGACCAGUCGAAAGUGUUCAACCCGCAGAACCCGAACGCCCCGCCAAUCUAUCCCUGUGGAGGAUGCCAUAAAGAGGUGCACGACAACGACCAAGGCAUUCUGUGUGAAUCGGGUUGCAACUUUUGGUUUCAUCGGACGUGCAGUGGACUGACGGAGGCGGCCUUCAACCUAAUACACGCGGAAGUGUACGCCGAGUGGUGCUGCGACAAGUGUCUCAACUCCAAAAACAUACCGCUGGUCAAGUUCAAACCGUAGUAGAAGCGAGCCCGUAGCUCGACCGGACGCUGCACCAACCAGCGGAGGGCCUGAGCCACGUCACAGCCAGCAAACUACUUAGCAGCAAAACCUACCCGCCCCCAUUGUCUUUGUCCCUUUCCGACCUGACGAACUGAAACCUCAUUUGCUUUUGAAAAGCAGCGCGCGUUAGUUAAGGUGGAUUUUUAGGUGGGAAUACGGGAUCGGGAAUCGGACAUGAUGAUGCACGUCGGUGUGCUGGAGUGAGAAUGUGUGCAAGAACCGGGAGUGUGUGUGUGUGUGUGCGGGUAUCAACUGACUAUUUUUAAAGACUGGACCUAAAGCUGGAUAGGAGAGAUAGGAGAGAUGGACAGUGUGAGAUUUCUUUUCUUUAGAUAACUUAGAGGAUUCUGCGUAAACGAUUUUUAUCCAUUGACGGUGAUCAAUCAUCGAUCGAGACGGUUGUUGCAGGGUGGGUGUGCUCUUUCAAUUCUUGGCGCCUUGUUUUCAAUUUUUGGAUUAUUUUGAAAGUAGACGACGAAACACUGCUUGGGGGUUUCCGAGAUUGGUUUGCUUCGUAUUGAAUAACCCCACGAUACCCGCUUCCGGAUGGCCAAAGUGGGCACUUACACACACACACACGGAGCCACACAUUUUACUCCACGAAUCGAUGUGAUAAUCGUGUGUUUAGGUUGCUGCGCGUUAGGAUAGAUCCCUUAGCUUUGAGUGAGAUUGACAAUUGUACAGAGAAAAAAUACACACACACACACACACAAAACAGACCGAGAGAAUAGUGGAGGGAGGGAGUAAAAGAAACACACACACACACAAAUCGAGUCACAACGAUAGCUCACCCAACACCACCAAGCCUGGUUUUGGAUUGUUGUGCUGUGGUGUAACAGCGUGUACAGAACUAUUUGACUAAUGUAGGUAUAAAGAAAUCGGGGCUCCGGGCUUUAGUUGAAACAGAGAGAAAACAAAACAAACAAAAAAAAAAACCGCUAGCCAAGAGAUUAACAAGUAGUACAGAGAGAAAGAGAGAGAGCGAGAGAGCGAGAGAGAGAGAGAGACGCGCGACGUGUGCUUGUGUGUAAAAAAAGUAAUAAAUGAAAUCAAAAAUGGCCUUCUCAAAUAUAUAUUGCAAAUAUUAUAAAAUGAUUAUACAUAUAAAAUACAUAUAAUUUAACUUGGUAGCUCAGCUUAGGGAAACGAGAGAGAGAGAGAGAGAGAGAGAGACAGACAGAAACAUAUAAGGUUAAGAUGAUAGAACACACCAGCAGCAAGAGAGCAAGAGCAAGAGAAACCCAACCACCAACCAGCCCUUCAGAAACAGACACACAGACAACCACACACACACAUACAGACAGACAGACAGAUAAAUUAGUUAAAGAAGUGCGAACGGAUGUGUGCGCGUGAAUGCAAUGGUGGAAUGGCCGCUCACCGACGUGUGGAUGCAUACUGGCGGCCCCCAAGCAAACAGGACAUCCACGCAGUAUAAAUAGGAUUAAGCUGGCUGGGAGACGGGGAAGCGAGAGAACUGUGUGUGGGGGGCGCGCGCGCGCGAAGAAACGAACUAAAAUUAAAUACGGAAGCCGACGUUUUAACAGCUAAGUUUAAGUAAACAAUAUUUAAAUUAUUUAAUGCAACAA